UCUGUUCCUUCAUUAAAUUAGAUUUAGGAAUGAUAAUACAGACAAAAACAUUGGCCUAAUCAUUUAUUGUAUUUGAAACUCUUAUUCCUAUAUUUUUUUAACAAGAAAAUGCGCAUUUUAAGGAAUUGACAUUUGGAGUUUGUGCCUCUUGGAGGAAAGAAAACCAAAGCGAAGGGGGGAAAGUGUUGCGUUUGUGAAGCAUCUCAGGAAUUUAUGGUUUUAUUGCGUCUAUAAAUGUCGGAAAUCCUCUUUUUGCCAAGUGAAAAAGACCAAACGUAAACGGAAAUAGCCAUAAGAACUAACAAUGAGGAGAAAUACGUUUUUUAAAGAAUUAAUUUCAGCCUGACUAUAGGCUCUGCGUCGCUUUAAAACGGGAGUUUAAUUUUGUCCUGAUAAUCUGCAGAGAGAAAAGUUCAGUUUAAAGUUUCUGUGACCUUAAAUUCCCCCUGAGGACUGCAAUCACGAUUUCCAUCUCUGGCCUGUAUAUGGUCAAUCCCAAAUUGAUCUGCAGUCACUAGAGGAAAUCGUCCAUUCUGACAGACCCUAAUAGGAUUUAAUGCAGAAAAAAAAUCUUUUAGCCUGAAACCACGUUAUUCAAGCACAAAAAAACUAAAUCUUUGGCGUUUCACGUUUUGAGAUUACGUGAUUCCUUUGGCGCGUAUUCAAAGUGAAACAAAAUGAAAGACAAGGAACAUAAACUUAAGGAUUUAGAAGGUAAAUAUUAUAUCAUUUAAAUCCUGGAUGAUAGUUCUGUUGUGGUUACAGGACAAUAAGAAGCUGUACAGACCUUUUGCGUCACCUACAAACCAGAGGCUGGAACAGAACCAAGUGCACCAUCCAGUACAAUGUCAACCUCACCAAAAUCCUCCUACAUUCCCACUUCCUAACACUUUCCCUCUCACGCAGCAUCAAACUCAAACAUCUCGGGGCCUAGGAGAAAAUAAAGAUGGCGAUGGGAAAGCAUGUCUUAAGCACAAAAACGGCUGCUGUUUAUGAAAAUUUACAACUUUGCCAUGGAAGUUUACGACUCGCGGGGCUCCAGGAUUGGUCGCUGCCGGUCAUGUGGACAGCAGGAAUGGGAACUUAUUUCCCAUGAGGUUAUAUUGCAGCUGCUGUUUUUCCACCGCUCAUUCACUUAACACUAGUAACACAAGCUUUUUUCUUGGCUCUGUGUAUAUGCAUUACGCGUGUGUCGUAUUGUUUUGUCAGACGCGUGCGUAAUUUUCCAAAAAAAACCAACCAAAAAAAAAAACAAUUGGGCGAUGGAGCCUCUGCGCGAUGAUGCCUCGGCGUGUGCGCCAUGUUAAUGUGGCUGCACUUGUGUAGCUAUAUGUUCGUGAAAAUGAGAGAUCAGCACACCCCUGGAUGAUGAUGAUGAUGGUGAUGAUGGUGGUGAUGAUGGUGGGAUUACUUUCAUGAAAUCACUUGAACAAAGUGGGGAAAAAGAGACAGAGAGGAAGCGAGAGGAGCUUGAGCAGGAGUGGCACCCACACUGGAAAUGAUGGAUUAUCAACAAAAGGACUCUCUCCUGGGUCAGAUACCGUUAUAUUCCUCGGGAUACACCGAUCCGUUAAGACACUACUCCAACGCGGCCACAUAUGGAGCAGCCAACAUGCAGGAGAAGGUUUACCCGGCGUCCUACUACCAACAGACGGGCGCGGCGGCCGCGGCCAUCUACGGCCGGGCCGGCGGCGGAGCUGCCUGCGACUACAACCCGGUCGGGACUUUCUACAAGGACGCGGAGGGCUCGUGCGCUUUCUCGAGCCGCGAGGACCAGCCGCUGUUUGUCACUCAGGAGCAUCAGCAGCGCAAAGCGGAGUGCCCGGAGCAGACUGUCAGUAUGAGCAGCAGCAUCGACGACAAGUCCUCCACUCUCAUCUACCCGUGGAUGCAGAGGAUGAACGCCUGCUCCGCCGAUACACCACUACAGAUUUUGAGUGCAAUUUCAGGCCCAUUUGGCAGCAGUGGCCGCAGGGGCCGACAGACCUACACCCGCUACCAGACUCUGGAGCUGGAGAAGGAGUUCCACUUUAACCGCUACCUGACCAGGAGGCGCCGGAUAGAGAUCUCCCACGCCCUGUGUCUGACGGAGAGACAGAUCAAAAUCUGGUUUCAGAACCGCAGGAUGAAGUGGAAAAAGGAGAACAAACUCCUCAAUCCCUCAAAGACGCCCGAGGAGGAGGAACAGGCAGAGAAGAAGAGCUAAAAGAAAAAAGAAAAAAAAAAGAAAAAAGAAAAAAAAAGGACACUGACAGAGAGGCAUGUGUGUGUGUGCGCGCGUGUGUUUGUGUGCACACUCCCAGAAUAAAAAUGAUGUAUUAUUUCUUUGUAGAUAAAAGUGCUCCGAAUCACAUGUUAGAGACGUGUAGAGUGAUAGACUUUGAGUAUCUGCACGGUAACAGUGUCUGCAUUAGGUUAAAAUCAGGUCCUCCUCUGUUUGUCCUUGUGCUUGUGUCUUUAUUUAGGGGACUAUGCAAAAAUCCGCCAAAAUGUAAAUAAUUUUUAGUGUUUAGUUUUUGAAAAUGUUGUUACCUCAUUAUCAUAGGCCUACUGAGUUUUAUUAUUAUUAUUAUUAUUAUUGUUUUCCUCAUGACAUUAAAAGAGGCUUCGUCCUUUACUGUACAUCUUGUGCUGUAGUUGUUCUAUAAUAGUCUAGACUUGUUGUUUACAGCUGUGCCAUCAGCAGCUGAAUUUGUACAGAUGAGAAAUGUUACAUGUUAUUUAUUGUUGUUCACCAUGUGUUCAAUGCACAUCUGGAUAUUGUGUGCAAUAUUUUGUUUAGGAAAUUGUACAUAGAAAUAAAAGCUUUUUGAUGUAUA